AUGCAGCGACAGCAGCACUCCGGCGUCCACUUGCACCGACGCAGCCACGAGCGAGCGGCACGGCUGCAGAUGUUCCACCUCUCGAUUCUCAAGACGGUCCAUCAUGGUGCAGGUCAUGGACCAUCGCUGGGUGACCUGAUCGCACAGUACAAGCAGGACGGCGGCAAGCAGCUCCGGGAUGCUAGAGCUCUGAUGCCUCAAUCGCUUCACGCGAUCGCAAAUCCGCGAAAGCAGUCCUCGAGGAUGGCGGGUAACAUGUCCUCGCAGAGGGUGGCACAAGCACCCGUAUCUGCAACUCCCGCGGAGACGCCUUGCAAGGCUCCGAAGCUGAACGAGUCAACAACGAAUAUCUUGGCGGGUACCGGUUCCUUGACCCCAAUUAUUCAGCGAUCUGCUGCGUCCGAACAAGUCAAAAGCGACAAUGCCCCUCGCGUGACCACGCAGCAUUUCCAGGCGAGAAAGCCAAUGACUGCACCCGGACAGAGCGUUCCACCCAUGCACUCACCAGCUGAGGCUCAUCGACCUGUCGACGCCGUUUCCAGAUCCAAUGAAGCCGGCCAGCUAACCGAAAAGCAGAAAGCAGCGGUGGCUAGUUUCUUUGCCAGACGCCCGGGCCAGGUCACCGAACAGCAAAAGACGACAGUGGAUAAUUGCUUGGCUAGGCGGGCAGCUGCAGCCGCACCAGAAGCGGAGGAUGAUUACCUCCAUGUUGAUACAACUCCGGUAAAGAUUGAUCAGGCAAAGCCACGUCAGAAGGACGACGCAUCGACGCCCAAGGGUCGAAACGAUCGACCCGCAGCUGAGGCGAACCUGACUGCAACGACGCAGCAGCGCACAGUCUACCAGUCUGGUAAAGCGAUGCAGCCUUUGCAGCCAGCGAGACCGACAAUGCCCACGAUCUCGCAGCCGGCGGGGCCGAUCAUGCCGGCAGGUUUCCAAUCCUCUCGACCGACAAAGCCAAGUCCGUUGAGACCAACGAGGCCCGCAAUGCCGACAAUCUCGCAGCCAGCGACACCGAGAACGCCAAUGUAUCUCCAAUCGUCGAGCCCGGUAGUGCCGGUAAGCGCAGAACGUCUUCCGUUGAAGUGGUCUUUGAAAGCAACCGACGUUCCCUUUGGAUCCGCCAAGAUCUACUGUGUUAAGCACGGUCACCACCCCGGCUUCUACUUCGACAUGUCCACGGCGUGGGCUCAAAUGAAGAACUUUGAAGGCACUCAAUUCGACGAGUUUCCUCAAGAGGAUGACGUGAAGCUUACUUCAGGUAACCUCGAAUGGGCUGUUCAAGAAGCCGUGGUUUACAUGAACAUGUGGGGCAGUACUUGUUCUCCCCACUGCAGCUGCAAGGCUUCCAAUCGAGGCGUGCCGUCAACGCCAGUCAUGCGUGAGCCAGCACCACCUGUGCCAGCCAAGCACAAUGCAGCGAACAUGAUGCCUGCCCCACCGGUAAGGAGUCAUGCUGCACCACUGACAAUGCGUGAGCCACAGGCACCUAUAACUACCGGACGCAAUGCGGCGAACGUGAUGCCCGCACCACCGAUAAGGAGUUAUGCCUUGGAAGCGAAAGCUUUUGUGUCGCCUCUUCAACAGACGCCACAAGCUCCAUCGAGAGCUCCUUCGACAACGUCUUCACGCCAUGUUGAUCGGACGCCGGAGCAGAACAUGCCACGAUCGGAGUCUCCGCAAGGAGCGUACAUGACUGACGCCUCAGACUUGUUCGUGACACCUGUCCGAGCCACGCCGCAGAAGGUUGUUGCAAGUGUGACACCGACUGCGAGCUCACCGGCGCCGACUGAAGACUCUCUUGGGAGUGGUCCGCGCAGAUGGUCCCUUCGAUUAGCAGAUAUCCCUACAGUGUCCAAGAAAAUCCAUGUUCUCUAUCGCGGCGCUCAGCCAGGGUUCUAUUACAACCAAACAGAGGUCAACAUGCAAAAGAAAGGAUUCCGUGGGUUUGUACUCAAGGUCUUUCCGGAAGGCAAAGGAUCGGCGACUUGGCUUAGCCAGCACAACCGCGCUCAGGCCGUUCGCGACGCGGUGGCUUUCAUGAAUCACGACAACGUUUCCUGCACUUACGACUGCAGAGGCAAGUGUAGAGUAAGAGCAUCUGGAUCUGGUGCACUGCCAGAAAUCGAGCCCAAGGUUGAGCAGGAUAUCAUGGUCCAUGAAGAGAGUUUUGCCGAACAGAGCGUGCAGGGUAGUGUCUCCGAACGGCAUGACAUACCACGCCAUCCAUCGAAUGGCGGUGAGUCCAAGAGCGUUUCAGCUGUAGAGUCGAAUACCGGACACCAGGUGAAGAAGGCUACCAUGCCGAGCGUUCAGGGAAGCGCCUCUGACGCCAGCCAGAAGCCACCGAGCCAGCAGUCAAACGACGCUGACGACGCGGUCGCUCUAGUUGAAAAGAAUGGUAAGUUGUCGUAUUACAACAAUCUCGAAUUCAAUCGGAAACAUGCAAACGUCCGCCGAGAAGCGACUGCUCGCCGGCAGCAAGAACUUCAGACCGUUGCAAGAGAUGGCAACGAUGAGUUUGCUGCACCUCUGCUGCAGGUGAUGGAGCGGUUUGAGCAGCAUGACGAAGGUCAAAGGGCCGUUCUAGGUGACGAGUGGUACAGCAAGACCGGUACUUAUGCGCUUCCUUUCCCGCAUGGAAGCGGUUUUUCAUCGGUGACCCUCGUCGAAUGGCUGAGCUUACGGCCCGUUGAAUCGGAUGCCGCCUGGUAUACUGACACCACUCUCUCCAACGCUGUUAUCACAGGUAGGGACAGCUUUCUCCAAGGCCAUUUCUUUUGCUCUGCGACCACCAUCUACAGGUGGUACCCUGUCUCUCGAGAGGGCCUGCAGAAACUGGCAGAAAUGCAAGUAGCCAUUCGCUCUUUCCGUCAAUCCGGCGGACUGGCGGCUCAUGGACUAUGCUGGCCAUGCCUGGCCAUGCCGCAUGACACGAAGAAAGUCGUCCUGCCGUGGAACACUGGCUUUCACUGGAUCGCUGUUGCAAUCACUCCUAACUUCGAAACGCGAGUGGGGAAGAUCGAAGUAUUCGACUCCUUGGCAGGUCGUGAUACCAAGUUGUUGCAAAGGAUCCUGCCAGUGUUCGCGGACAUGAUCGGAUUACAGUAUGCCUGGGAGCAGACAUGGGUCGUCGUCAUUCGGGAUACCAUGAAGCAGAACAACUGGGUCGAUUGCGGGCCGCUCGCUGCACACAAUUGCAGGAAACUGCUUUCUGGCGAAAAUCCAAGCGACGAUGUGUACAACCUGGUCGGCGUCGACAAGUUCUGUCGGAAACUGCGGUUUGAUCUUCUGAAGGCGAUGUAUUCGCUGUUCUUCAACGAAGAAAUUGACGAACCACGAUCGUACAAUUCGAUUGGCGAGCUGACAAUCGUAGGAAACUCGACUAGCAGGCGACAGCUCAUCUGCAAUGUUCUGUCUGCUGCUGCCACGCCAAUGACGGCCGACGCCGUAACAGAAGCGAUAGUCCGGAACCGAGGAUCGCCGCUGGGUUCGCACGACACGCUGCAGGAAGAAGUGACCAUACUCCUGUGCCUGACUCCAGCGAUUUUCGGACUCGUUGACGAUACGAAAUGGAAAAUCCGGUCUGACCAGGCUUCCAGUGUCGCAAAAGCCACUUCGGAUGUCCAUCUCAAGCGGGACCCAGAGAAAGACUGGCAGCUCACAACGCUGGAUCCAAUCGAUCGGCCGUUUGACUUGUAUAUCGUCAUCAUCAGGACCAGUGCUUACGUCUCCAGGAAGAGUGCGAACAACAACCACGACGUCCGACCACGGGAGCUACUCGAGGCAUACUGGCAUCGGUUUGGGCAGACUCAGGAUUUGCCGCAGCAAUAUGUGUACGAGGACGAUCUGGAUCUGAACGUUCCGAUCUGGCACCCGUACUUUCGCGAAGCGAAGUCGAGCCGUAAAUCCGUGGUACACGGCACUACUGCUGAGGUCGCUGAGGUCCGCAGGAUUUUCCAAGUGGCCAACGAUAAAGCACUGGAGGUCGAAGGCAGACGGCCACGGGUACUGUUACUCGGCAACGGCUUUGAUGGGCUAACCUCCAACAACGAUACCUGGGCGGAACUGACAGAAGCGUACCCAGAACUGGACUUCAGCAUCUCGCUCUCGCUGCCUAGGAGUAUGUGUCCUCCGGGCCUGUUCCGCGACGUCGGUGGCGACGAUAGGUAUGGCCUCAACACCUGGGCGCACUACGAGGUCAAGCUGCUCGCCGCCGCGUGGAGCAAAGUCUCCAAGUUCGCGCUGGCAGACCGCACGCCGUCGUCCUGGAAAGCCCAUCACGAACAGUUUGUAUUCAUCUGUCUGCUGAUAGACUGCAAGAAACUGGACCACUCGCUCUGGUAUAGACGCAAGAUCUGGCCUAUCGAGAUCAAGCCAGCGGAGGAGAAUCCUCGUGCGGUUCGUCUGCUGGAUAAUCGCAAUCAGCAGGAUCUGGAACGCUUGGCCGACCGGGAAUGUGGGGUCUGCGGGACUGAUACCAGCGAGCGCUGGUAUAGGUUCCACGCCGACACGUUAGACGUCAUGUGCACGAACUGCUUGCCCGAAGUGGAGUGCAGCAAGAACACUGCCGCAGCGGAGGAGGAGAAUCGCGAGACGCCGUCUCGGCAGUCGUCGCCAGCCUUGAGUCUGGCUGCGAACGAUGACGAUAUUUUUGCUAACAUCCAGCAGAGUGAAAGACUGGUGACAGCGGCGGUCCUCCGAGCGAGGAUCAAGAACGGCAGAAGGGCCAACGACGAGUUUGUGGUCGAGUCUGACGACGACGGCGAAGACAUGGAGUAG